AUGCAGUCCGGCCGAGGGGCGUCCCAUCAGGGCUUGCCACAGACGGAGCGCCUGGCCUCGCAGCUGGGGGCCCAGCGGCGCGGCGGCGCUCAGCGCUGCCGAUCCGCUGCCAACCUUAGCCGAUUCCCCGACGUGAAGCAUGCCGAUCAGGGCGCGGCCGAUGCGCUUGAGACCCGGUCCAUCCCGAGCCCAGCUUUGGCGCUGGCGGGCGGCUACCUGCCGAUGAUGCCGAAGCGGUUGACGGUGGACCUGGAGCUUGCGGCGUGGCUGGAGGAGAGCCAGCGGACGCUGGAGGGCCGCAGAGUGCAGGGAAGUCUUCUGGAUCACUGCCUGGCAACGGGGGCGACCGGGCCUGAAGGCGCGCUGGUGUGCGAGUUUGGCGUGUUUACGGCCAACAGCCUGCGGCGCAUCGCGUCCAGGCUGCCCGAUCGGCGCGUCUUCGGCUUCGACAGCUUCGUGGGGUUUCAGGAGGACUGGGAGCUGCCCGGGGGGACUGUGAGCAAGGACUUCUUCCACAUCGAGGGCAGCGCCUGGCUUGACGUGGGGGACAACGUGGAGCUGGUGAAGGGCUUCUUCAGCGAGUCGCUGCCCGCGUUCCUGGCGGCCAACCCGGAGCCCUUCGGCUUCGUUCACAUCGACUGCGACCUGUACACCUCCACGCGGGACAUCUUCGACCUGGCCGGGUCAAGGUUCCAGCCGGGGACGGUCGUCGUGUUUGAUGAGUUUUUCUGCCACGGCGCGGACAACCGGGGCGAGUUCACGGCGUUCUACGAGUGGACGCGGCGGACGGGGCGGCGGUUCGAGUUCAUCGGCGUGGGGGACGGAUCGCACGAGCUGAUGACGCGCAUCCCGAAGCUGGGCGAGCCGCAGUUCAUGGACCGCCUGGGCGCCGCGAUCGUCUUCAGGGGCGUCAAGCUGCUGCGGGGCAAGGCGGACUUCGCUACUUCCGUGGCCGUCAAGAUUCUGUGA